UUUUCCUUAAUCAAAUUUAAAAUUAAUGUCAUUAAAUGAACCUACAUAUAUUAAUGUUUGUCUUUUCCAGUUAAAUUAAUGAAUUUUUUUUAAUGAAAUUUAAAAUUAAUGUCAUUAAAUCUACUUUUAAAGUAAACCAGACCCGGAUAGUGAUGCCUUAUCCAGAACGUUACAAGAACGGUUUAACGUACUAGUGAUAAUCAGCGAGGAGAAGUCACGAGCUGACUCUGAAAUCGAGACUUUGAAGAGCAAUCUAGAGAUGUGCGAGAACGAGAUAAAGUCUCUAAAGUACGAAGUCCAUGUAGUUUCUAGAGAGCUUGAGAUACGCAACGAAGAGAAGAACAUGUGUAUUAGAUCUGCAGACGCUGCCAACAAGCAGCACUUGGAAGGGGUGAAGAAGAUAGCCAAGUUGGAAGCGGAAUGUCAGAGACUUAGAAGUCUUGUGAGGAAAAAGCUGCCGGGACCCGCUGCGCUUGCUCAGACGAAGCUUGAGGUUGAGAGCUUAGGAGGCGGAGUCACACGUCUGAAGAGAUCUCCAAGCAAGGGUUCUAGUCCCUGCAAGUUAGCUUGUUUGCUAAAUCAAAAGCCAGAGGAUAGUCCAGCAGUGGUGGAAUUCAGAAAUAGAUUAUCAAAGGUUCUUGAAUCCGUAUCUGCUGAUGCUGACGUGGGAAAGAUUGUGGAAGAUGUAAAAUGCAUUUUGCAAGAUGUGAAUGUUUGUGUGGACCACGACAAGCCUUCUGAUGUGCAGGGCAUUCACCAAGAUUUGAAAACUGCUGUUUCUCGGAUUCAUGAGUUUGUUUUGUUGCUAAGGACAGGUGAGGACACUGUGACCGAAGGAAAUGAUUUGGUUGAACUGAUCAAUGGCUUCACCAUCACGUUCGACCAUGUUCUAAGUGGCGUGAAAAAAUUGGAUGAUUUUGUUUCAGAUCUUGCUAAUGUCUUCAACGAGGCCAUGGAGCUAAAGGUAACCUUCAGGGGUCUUACUUCCUCCGAGGUUGAAACUGUGAGUCCAGAUUGCAUAGAAAAGGUUGUGUUACCCGAGAGCAAGGCUAUAGAUAAAGAUUGAUCUAAAGAAAUAUAUCAAAAUGGAUGUUUUCACAACGAGCCAGAGGCUCCCUAUGAAUCCGACUCCAAGUCACAUGAAAUAGAAGAACUGAAAUCAUAAAGAGAAAAGAUGGGAGUGGACAUCGAGGAGCUGAAGUUUCAGCUACAAGAAUCUGAGCAGAUGUUAGCUGACAUCAGAUCACAGUUAGAUUCUUCUCAGAGGUCAAACUGGCUCGCGGAUACGCAACUCAGAUGUAUGACUCAGUCAUACAGAUAACUUGAAACACAUGCAGCUAAUUUGGAGAUCGAUGUGAACCAGCUUAAGGAAAAGGUAAGGAGUUUAGAGAAUGAUCUUGAGGAUGAAAAACUCAACCACCAAGAAGCUGUUAUGAGGUGCCAUGAACUUGAAGAACAUAUUCAAAGGAAACAUAAACUCUUCUUUGGUUGCUGAGGAUGACGAAGAAGCUGAUAUCAAGACUGUAACACCCCCAAACUGUUUUAGACAUCGGUCAGUCAGCCGGACAACAAUCAAACAAGAAUAUGUCCGAACGACCUUCCUCUGCCAAGUCUGGAAGUGUUACGACGGGUUGAGAAUAGACUUUCCAAGUAACAAACACAUAAUCGUGUAACCCAGAAUAUCCAUUCAAAACUCGUUUUCUCUAAUCUUUGGCCUGAGUCAUAGAAUUGUGUUAGGUUGGACUAACCUAAUAUCAGAUUCAACAUGUCACGAAUGUAAAACAUACUUUAUUUCAUAUAUAUAAACAUGAAAUUCAAAGCCCAAAA